UGCAUCAUUGACGUGCAGAGUAACCUCGCGUUGCGUCACAACACAGCGCUUCAAACAUGGCAGACAAGAGUAGUCAAGGGGACUCCAAACCUGAAGCCCAGUUUGCAAAGAGAAUAGACCCUACGAAGGAAGAUCUGACCAAGGAACAGUUGCAGUUCAUCCGACAAGUGGAGCUGGCGCAAUGGAAGAAGAACACAGCCAAGCUCCGGGGUCGAAACGUUGCGACAGGACUCGCUAUCGGCGCUGUGGUGCUGGGCAUCUAUGGCUACACUUUCUACUCAGUUUCCCAAGAAAAAAUCAUGGACGAAAUAGAUGAAGAAGCAAAAGCACGUGCUCCGAAGACCGGAGCCAACUGAAUGAACUUUUAUCUUCAGGAACUGUCUGCACUGCCACAGAUGAACGCAGUUGAGCAGGGGCGCCAGCAGAGGGCGCCACAUCCAUUCAAAUAGUCUCCUGUUGGAACUGAGACUCCAUAUUUAAUGAAUACAAGGAGGAAUCCUGCGUUUUUAUAAAACGUGUUUCUGAUAUGCAGUUCAUGGAAUAUGUUAGGAAACUGAAUGUCAUAAUAUUCCCUGUUAAACUAUGAAUACUACAGUAAUUCUACUGGUCAUCUUGCUUUGAGUGCAAAUACAUAAACAGAGAGAGAUUAAUUUAAAUAAUGCCCACCAUUUUCUUUUGUUUAUGUUUGUCUUUUUUUUUAAUGAAUACAAUAAAUGUGUCCUAAAUAA